AUGAUUGCUUCUUUUGUUCGGGGUUAUAACCGAUUAACUGAAAUGAAAAUUGAUAAACCUUGCCAAAUGUAUUUACUUUUGGGACCUCCGGGGGUGGGUAAAUCUUUUAUUAGUGAAAUGUUGGCUGAGGCUAUGGGCUUAGAUAUUGAAGUAAUUAGUAUGAAUGAUGAAUUUGAAAAGUGUGAUAAAGCCGUUCAGCAAGUUUUAGGUAAUUUAACUGAUGAAACUCUGAACAAGAAAUUUAAAGAUGUUUUCUUUGAUUUUCCCGUGCCGAUUAAUGAAGUAAUCUUUUUCUGCACAACUAACUAUCCCGAAGACAUUGAACCAUUUUUAUUAAGUAGAUUAACCCGAGUAAAAAUUGAACCGUUAACUUUUAAAGAGAGAAUAGAAGUAGCCCAAGGCUUAAUUGAUUAUAAUUUUGCUAAAUAUGAGAUUUCUAAUUUAAAAGCUAAAUUUGAUUUAGAUUUGAUUAAGAAAUGUCUCUGUAAAGAAUGA